CUUCCGAACUUCGCCAUUACUAAGAUGCUAACCAGUCGCCAUUUUCCCGAAUCUUGAUCGACUUCUUCCUGCAUAUCCACCCGUUUCUUGUCACUCAUAAUCCAGUUUUUACCCCGUUUUUACAAUUUCCCAUUGCAUCGCCAGUGAAUUUUCAGUUCGAGAAUCAACGGAAUAAUAUUUAAGAUGUCGAAUGGUAGCGGUGAGCACGACGAUGAGGGGUGCGUGGUGAAACUGCGGGGGUUGCCCUGGUCAACAACCGUUGAUGAGAUUCUCAAGUUCUUCAGCGACUGUCGGAUAUGUCAUGGGAAAGCUGGCAUUCACAUGACUAUGUCUCGUGAGGGAAGACCCAGUGGAGAGGCUUACAUCGAAAUGGAGAGCGAGGAGGACAUCGAGAAGGCGUGCAAAAGAGACAGGGAUCACAUGGGCCAUCGUUAUAUCGAAGUUUUUAAGGCAAAAAGAGGCGAAAUGGAGUGGGUUGUGAAGAGGAGUGGACUAAAUCUGGAGAACGUCAUGGAUGAUGGCUGCGUCAGGCUGCGAGGCUUGCCCUUCGGUUGUUCAAAAGAAGAAAUAGCGCAGUUCUUCUCAGGGUUGGAGAUAUUGCCGAACGGGAUUUCACUACCAACAGACUUCACGGGCCGCAGUACUGGGGAGGCUUACGUUCAAUUUGUUAACAAAGAUGUCGCGGAGCGCGCUCUACAGAAACACAAGGAAAAGAUAGGACACAGAUACAUUGAAAUAUUCCGGAGCAGUUUGUCCGAGGUACGUGCUAGCAUCGGUCCAAAGAUGCGGGGCGGUCCCAUGAGCGGGGGAUAUAAUCAGAGACCUGCACCUUAUGAUCAGAGAGAUCGUUUCGGUGGCAUGAAUCGAUUCAAUAAUAAUGGCAGGAAUGCGAGAAAUCGAGGAGAAUUUGAUGGCUGGGGAGGUUCCAAUAAUUACGGAUCCCGAGGAGCUGGUGGUAUGGGAAUGAGAGGAGGAAUGGAGAUGAAAGGAUCUAAUUAUCGUACUGGAGGUGGUGGUGGAGGUGGAGGCGGUGGUGGUAACGUUGGUGGCGGUGUUGGUGGUGGUGAUAACUGGAGUGGAAGCUCUGGGGUUCACUGUAUACACAUGCGCGGUCUCCCCUUCAGAGCAACUGAACAGGAUAUUGCAGAGUUUUUCAGACCUGUCGUUCCUGUGAAUAUCAGAAUUAUCCUGGAGAAUAAUGGACGAGCAUCAGGAGAGGCUGAUGUUGAAUUCGCUACUCAUGAAGAGGCUGUCAAAGCCAUGUCUAAGGACAAGAGUCACAUGUCCCACAGAUAUAUUGAACUAUUCCUGAACUCAGCGGGGGCAGCUGGUGGUGGUGGUGCUGGUGGUGGCAUGUCCCUGGGAGGAAUUGGAAACUUCUGCGGUGGACUAGCCAACAAUUUCAGACCGGGAUACUCUCCCAAUAAUCGAGGCUAUAACAGCCAACUGGGCGGUAACAAUUACAAUAGCUUUUGAAACAGAAGCCAAUCCCUUCACCAAGAUCGUCGUUGAAUUAAUUGGCAAUGGAUUCAAUUUAAUGUUGCUAUUCAAGGUAAAAAAAAAUCAUGAAAUAGAACAAGGGCACUGAUAACUCUCCACAAUUAACAUUGAGUGCAUUAAAUAUUAGAUAAUUAAGGAUAAUGUAUUUCUCGUCAUAAAUGAAAAAAAAAAUGAGUGACAACAUUACGUCCACGUAUGCUCGACGUGAGCAUAAUAUUUUCUAUUGCGAGAGAAAUAUAUGAACUUUCUUCGUCUUUUUUUCAAAAUGACAGAUGGAAAUAAAGUAAUUUUGUAGUUGAAACACAGGUUACUGGCUUGAGUGAUUUGAUGCUGAGUAGUUUGUCUUUUAUGAUUAGCAACAUUUGUAUUGGAAUAUUCUCAGGCUUGCAAAGUUAUUAAAUUUUAAUGAUGUACACUCCCUCGUACGUUGCAGACUCAAGACUAGGAUGUAUCUGCUGAUAUAUUGAUGCAAAUUCAAAAUAAUUAAUGUCAACUACAAUAUUCUGGGAUUGUUUAGGACUGGUGGAAAUAUUGAGGUUAUUGUAUGAUCGAUGAGUGAAUUAUUUUCCCACAGUUGUUUCGCAUUGAGUGCCAAUCUGUGUAAUUGAUUAAGUAUUUGCAGAAUUUAUUGAUGAGUCUAUUGAUUUUUCUCGUUCAUUGAUGCUUCGGAAUCUGUUGAGAAGCUGUACAUUUCACUUUUGAUAAAAUUCAAGAGAAAUUCCUUGUCCUUCCUUUAAAGCACUCUUGAAUUUCUCAUAAAUUCGGUGAGGAGAAGUCAAUAGAUUUUUCAAUAAAAAUCAUUUAUAAAAUCUGCACUCAGUAAAUUUAAGAGAUAACAUCUUGGGAGAUUCAUUUAAACA